UCGAUAUUGUUUGAUUAUUUUUAAACGACGAUUCGUUCUUUGCUUAAUAGAUUCUAUAAUAAAGAAUGAUUGAACACUUUUAUCGUAUCAUUUUUAUUCAAUUACAGAAGAGAAGGGCGUUUAAGGGGGCGUGAAAUAGCAGUUUGAAUACGACAUAACAAUUUCGCGUCAUGUGGGAGGCGGAUUGGGCGGUUUCGAUCGGUUUUGUCUAACACUCGUAGAAAUUUGACUAAACAUUUAUUAAAGUGCUUCGACAAUAUAAAGGAAAGAUUUGUCUUCACAUUUAUUUGUGUUUUAAUAAUAUUUGUAAUUAUGAAUUUUUAAAGUGAUCGGAGAAAUAUAUUAUAGUGUUUAAUGGUACAUGUUUAAUUAUAGUUUAAUUCGUGGUCUAAAACAAAACUAGAUGUGUUAUAUUGAAAUUUAGAAUCUUUUUUUUUUUUUUUUUUAUAAAUUAUUCCCAAAGAAAUCUAUCUUGCUGUCCAUAUUUAACAGUGUCUCUUUUAAAAUAUAAAUAAUUUAUUAAUCAUGUCAGCGAAUCUUGUAAAUUUUUUUAUUUUAAAAAAACAAAUUUGCCUACUUUUAUUUAUGCUGAGUCAAGUCAGUAGUGGACAUGAAGACGAUAUGCACACAAUACAAUAUACAAAAGAGACUUUUUUGGAUGAAAUCAAAAAAAAGAAUAGCUUCGUGAUGUUUUAUGCACCUUGGUGUGGUCAUUGCCAAAGACUAGGCCCAACUUGGACACAAUUAGCAGAGAUAUAUAAUGAAGGAGAUAGCAAUAUAAAAAUAGCAAAAGUCGAUUGUACCAUUGAUAAUGUUCUUUGUAGCGAGCACGAUGUUACUGGAUAUCCAACACUUAAAUUCUUCAAAGCAGGAGAAUUCAAAGGUACUAAAUUCAGAGGGACACGUGAUUUGCCUUCAUUAACUUUUUUUAUCAAUGACCAAUUAGGAAGUAUAUCAACGGUAGAUGAUACACCUUCUCCUCCAGAGCCGGUGAAUGGUUUAUCUGAGUUAACAGAAGAAUCAUUCUAUUCGCACGUUGGGAAAGGUUAUCAUUUUAUUAAAUUUUAUGCACCUUGGUGCGGCCAUUGUCAAAAAUUGGCUCCAGUAUGGGAAGAUUUAGCUAACAGUCUUCGUAAUGAUGAUUCUGUCAGUAUUUCUAAAGUAGAUUGUACUUUAUUUAGAAGUGUAUGUGAACAAUUUGAAAUAAAAGGAUAUCCAACUUUACUUUGGAUAGAAGAUGGAAAGAAGAUGGAUAAGUAUACUGGUCAAAGAACUCAUGAAGAUUUGAAGACUUAUGUGUCAGCAAUGCUUAAAAAAAGUGCAGAACAGUCUACAAAUAAAGGUGAAAGUUCGGAUGGUACCAUGCAUAUUGUAUUGAGUUUAACAGCUGAUAGUUUUGAACAUACUGUUGAAAAAGGUAUUUCAUUUGUGAAAUUUUUUGCACCUUGGUGCGGACAUUGUAAACGUCUUGCACCAAUUUGGGAAGAGCUUGGUAGAAAAUUUUUUGCUAAUGAAAAUGUGCAUAUAGCUAAAGUGGAUUGUACACUCAAUAGCAGCAGACAGUUGUGUUAUGAACAAGAAGUAGAUGGUUUCCCGACAUUGUACUUAUAUCGAAAUGGUCAUAAAAUUUCAGAGUAUAAUGGACUCCGUAGUCUCGAUGAUCUAUAUGGAUUCGUCAUGAAUCAUUUACAAUCUCACGAUGAACUAUAAUCAUAUAUUUCGUUAUUAAUAUCGUCAUAAACAUCGUAGGAAAUAUCUCUAAGAAAUAUGUAUUAUGAAGAUAUAUGAUCAAAGCUUAGUGAUUUGUAUAUUUUAUAAAUGUACUUUUACAUUCUAAGCAAUAUAGACACACACAGGAUAUUUGUUAUGAUCUAUUCUGUAAUUAUCACUAUCGUAAUUUUAAUAAUGAUUAUAAUGUAAAUUAUUUUAAUUUUAAAUAACGGGUUUUUGACUUACUAAUACGCCAAUUAUAUCAUAUACGUCUGCAUAGAUCAUUUAAAAUCCUGAGAGUGCUGCGGCUGAAGGAUAGAACGAACGAAGUAAUUGUCCACGUUGUUUGUCUAUAUACAAAGUUUUUCGUUUAACUAAUAUUUCUCGUUCUAAAUCACCUCUAGCUUUGAUUAAGCCAGCCUGGGUAUCUUCGGCACCUUUUAGUUCGCCUAAAGUGGCAGUAACCCGUUCUCCCAGAGAUUUAACUUCAUCUACGAGUCUUUCGAAAGAAAGUAAAAAAAUCUGUACUCUUUCGCAAUUUACAACUUAAUUAUUUUUAAUAAGAGAAAUAAAAUAGAUUAUCUUCCCGAUAUAACUUACGCGAAUUGUGGAACAUCGCGGCAACUUUCAACGUUACGUCGUAACAGACGUUCCGAUAAACGUGUUUGUGCCAAUUUCAUUGCAUUAUCCAAACCUUUUGUGGAUCCUCGAAGUUCUUCGAUUAAAUUUUCUGUAUUCGCGAGUUCCUGUAAACACUAAAACAAUUUUCUUCCUAUAGUAAUUAAUAAUUACGUAUAUGAAAUAUUACAAUCAUUACCCUUUGCAAUUCUUUUUCUAAUUGCUGACAUAUUCCUUCUGUUAGAUUGAUUUGUUCAGAUAACGCGAUAUCCACUCGACUCGCCUGAUCGCGAAGAUCUUUUAGCGAUUUUUUAUAAAUAUUAUCUAAGGUCGAUCGAAGAGUCAUUGAUCUUUGUCUCACAGUUUCACCGGCGGAUAAUGCUUCUCGUGUAAAAUGUUCGUAACUCGCAGGUGUUGAUUGUCUGAAUAUGAUAUUCGGAAUGUAUAAAUGAUGGAUAUAUCAUUAAAUUAUAUAUUCUCCUGAUAACUUACUCGGCCGGAAAUCUUGUAGCACCGGGCUUCCACAAUAUGAGAGGUGAUUCAUUAUUUAAUUUAAAACAAUUGGUAUCAAUUUUAUAAGCAUCGAUUUUAUCAGUCCAAUCAUUUUCCAUUCGCGCUUUAGCUGCCUUCAACUCGAUUAAUUGCAUUUCUAUUUGUUCACGAGUUCUGUUAAGCAAAUCACGUAUUUCCGAGCAAAGUGCUACCUCCUGUAUAUAACAAAAGAGAAAAUCAUUGAAAAAUAUAAUAUAAUAGAAUGAAUAACGGCGAUCAAAAUCAUUUUGUGUUCUAUAUUUUUAAUUUUAAUAUUAAUCUUAAUUGAUGAUAAUCAAAAGUACAAGCGUUAAUACCGUUAUCACAGAAAGACUGAUCUUUGAAUUAUAUAUAAAAAAAUCAUUGAAAUAAAAAAAAAAGAAAAAAGAAAAAACAAAA